GACGAGCGAGACUUGAAGACGCCGGAUAAUUGGGUGAAGAGGCAUCCGAAUUUGAUUCGUCUGACCGGGAAACACCCGUUUAACGUCGAGGCGUCGCUUCCGGAGUUGUAUGAUUACGGAUUCAUCUCGCCGGUGAACUUGCACAUCGUGCGGAAUCACGGCGCGGUGCCGAAGUGCGAUUGGGACACGCACAAGAUUAACAUUUGUGGCAACGUCCCGAAACCGUUCGAGAUCGGUAUGGACGAGUUGGUGAAAAUGCCGAGCGACACGUUCCCGUGCUUGGUGGUGUGCGCGGGGAACCGUCGGAAGGAACAAAACUUGGUCAAGUCGUCGAUUGGGUUCUCGUGGGGGCCGUGCGCCAUCGGAAACACGUACUGGACGGGCGUACCGCUGCGAGUGUUGCUCAACAGAGCGGGCAUUCAUAAGCCCGGUCCGGGUGCGCGAUACGUGUGCUUGGCUGGUCCGCAAAACGAAUUGCCGAAGGACUACCCCGAUCAAGACGGUGGUCCGGGAUCGUACGGCACAUCCAUCGACAUGGAAACCGCGCUCGAUCCGACGUGCGAUGUCAUUGUGGCGUACGAACAAAACGGUGCCAAGCUUCACCCAGACCAUGGAUUCCCAGUGCGGGUGAUCAUUCCCGGUUACAUCGGUGGGCGCAUGAUAAAGUUUUUGAAGGAGAUUAAAGUCACCGACAGAGAGUCAAACAACUUUUAUCACUUCAACGAUAACCGCGUGUUACCGCCGCCAGUUGACGCUGAGCGCGCGACCGAGGAGGGAUGGUGGUUCAAGCCCGAGUUCAUCAUCAACCAACUCAACAUUAACGGUGCCAUCGCGUACCCGGCGCCCGAAGAAGUCAUUCCCAAGUCGCAAAAGACGUACGCCUUCAAAGGUUACGCCUACUCUGGCGGCGGUCGCAAGGUCAUUCGCGCCGAGCUUUCCUUCGAUCAAGGCUUGAGCUGGGAAUUGAGUGAUAUUCACACUCGCGAAGAACCGCGAUGGGCCGAUUUCAGCUCCGGUGACAAGGCCAGGCACUGGUGCUGGUGCAUGUGGACUCUCGAAGUGCCGAUUGAGAAGCUCCUCGACAAAAAGUGCGUCGAAGUGUGCUUCCGCGCCGUCGAUCAAUCC